UCACACGGAGUGAAACACUGAAGAAAUUCUGAGACAGCGCAACUGGGUACCCAGAGUUGAGUUGCGUACAAGAGGUGCGACAACUUGGGCUCGUCGCGAAUCAAGCACCUUGGACAAGGGCUAUAAGUGUGUCAGGGUGUUGCCUUCGUGGUAAACAACCGAAGUGGUUAGCAGUCCUGCCCCGUCACCCAGACGCCCACUCGCACAUAAAACCCUCGUGUGUUAUGUCCAACACGGUCAAGGAAGCGGCUGAAGCAGCACGGCCCCAGGGAAACGAAAUGAUGGGAACGGCCAAGAACGUCAAGGGCGACGGCGACGCCGUCGCCAAUGACUUCUUACACACGCCCUUCAUGCGGGCCGCCUUACCCUUCAUCAAUGGCGGCAUCAGCGGCAUGGUCGCCACGACGGUGAUCCAGCCCGUCGACAUGAUCAAGGUCCGCAUCCAGCUGGCGGGCGAGGGCAAGGCUGGGGGGCCCAAGCCGACUCCCCUCUCCGUCACCCGCGAGAUUCUCGCCAGCGGCAAGGCCCUUGACCUGUACACGGGCCUUUCGGCCGGCCUGCUCCGGCAAGCCGUAUACACAACCGCUCGCCUCGGCUUCUUCGACACCUUCAUGGGCCAGCUCACCUCGCGCGCCAAAGCCAAGGGCCAGAGCAUAGGCUUCGCGGAGCGCGCCGGCGCAGGCCUUGCAGCUGGCGGCCUGGCAGCCAUGGUCGGGAAUCCGGCCGACCUCGCCCUGAUCCGUAUGCAGAGCGACGGCCUCAAGCCGGUAGCCGAGCGCAAAAACUACAAGUCGGUUAUUGACGCGCUGGUAUCCAUCGCCAAGAGCGAAGGAAUCGGGGCACUCUGGGCGGGAGCUGCGCCGACGGUCGUGCGUGCCAUGGCACUCAACUUUGGGCAGCUCGCCUUCUUCAGCGAGGCAAAGGCGCGGCUCAAGGAGCACACCAGCUGGUCCGGCAACGCGGUCACGCUGAGCGCGAGCGCCAUCGCCGGCUUCUUCGCCAGCUUCUUCUCGCUGCCCUUUGAUUUUGUCAAGACGCGCCUGCAGAAGCAGUCCCGCGGCCCCGACGGGAAGCUGCCGUACAACGGCAUGGCCGACUGUUUCGCCAAGGUGGCCAAGCAGGAGGGCCCGUUGCGCUUUUAUCGCGGGUUCGGAACGUACUACGUGCGCAUUGCGCCCCAUGCGAUGGUGACUUUAAUCGUGGCCGACUACCUUGGGUUUAUUACUCGAUAGGGUUGUUGGAGCUUCUUGUCGCGCCUCUCCUCCAUGUUGGGUCUUCUCAGUCGCAUACGUGAAAGAAGUGUCUGUUUUCUUCCGGUUGGUCGGUC